CCAGAGAUUGUCAGAUCCUCAGUCCCAGCGGAGAGGCAGUGAAAGAGAAGGGGGAGUGUGGUGGUGGGUACUGCUGCUGUUGUUGGCAGGUUUGUGUGUGUGUGUGUGUGAGAGCGAGGAAGGCGUGACCAGCAUGGGGAAUGCCAGAUUCCCCGAAACACACUGCCUUGCACACACACAACCACACUCUCUGCCUUUCACUGUUUUUCUCUCCUCACUCCAAAGCUCUGAACAGAGAUAAUCCAGCCAGCAUUGAGCAUCGGACAGCGCACGGCUCACUCGGAGCAUAGCCACCCUUCUGCUCUCCAGAGGCAUCCCAGGACCACCACCACCCCAAAAAAAAUAAAGGCCACCCCCAGGGGAGGAGGUUAAAAAAAAAAGCAUGAGGUUUUUGCUGAUUUGGGGUCUCCUUUGUGCCGCGCGGCUGUUCGGAGCAGACGCCGUCGAAUUGAAUGAGAUGUUCGGACAAAUCAGCUCUCCCGGUUAUCCGGACUCUUAUCCCAGCGAUUCGGAAGUGACGUGGAAUAUUUCGGUGACGGAGGGCUUCCGCGUCAGUCUCUACUUCAUGCAUUUCGACCUGGAACCGUCCUACCUUUGCGAAUACGACUACUUGAAGGUCGAGUCAGAGGAUCAAGUCUUGGCGACGUUCUGUGGGAAAGAGGACCGAGAUCCGGAACAGAGCCCUGGACGAGAGCCAAUCACGUCUCCGGGUUCACAUCUGAGCCUGACGUUCCGAUCCGACUUUUCCAACGAGGAACGGUUCACGGGCUUUGAUGCCCAUUACGCCGCUGUGGAUAUCGAUGAAUGCUUGGAGAGCAACGAUGAAGAACUGGCCUGUGACCAUCACUGCCACAACUACAUCGGAGGCUAUUAUUGUUCCUGCCGCUUUGGGUACAUUCUCCACUCGGACAACAGGACCUGCAAAGUGGAAUGCAGCAACAACCUCUUCACCCAAAGGAGUGGGGUGAUCCACAGCCCCGACUUCCCCAACUCCUACCCCAAAAGCUCCGACUGCGCGUACCGCAUUGGGUUGGAGGAAGGAUUUUUCAUUACGCUCCAGUUUGAUGAAAGUUUCGACAUCGAAGAUCACCCGGAGGUCACCUGUCCCUACGAUUACAUUAAGAUCAAAACUGGAUCGAAAGAACUUGGGCCCUUUUGCGGAGAAAAAUCUCCUGGACGGAUUGAAACCCGGAGCAACCAAGUUCAAAUCCUGUUCCACAGCGAUAAUUCGGGAGAGAAUGGAGGGUGGAAAUUAACGUACACCACCACAGGGGAUGCCUGCCCACUUCCAGAUCCCCCCAUCCAUGGAAAACUGGAACCUUCACAAGCCACCUACACGUUCAAAGACCAAAUUGUGAUCAGUUGCAAUCCAGGAUACAACGUGGUAAAGGACGAUGUGGAGAGUGAGACGUUCCAGAUGGAAUGCAUGAAGGAUGGGGUAUGGAGCAGCCAGAUGCCGGUUUGUAAAAUUGCAGACUGCAAAGCCCCCCGAGAAAUCUCGCACGGCUUCGUCACCUUCUCCACCCCACAAAACCUGACCACCUACCAGUCGGAGAUCCGGUAUUUCUGCCAAGAGCCGUUCUACCAAAUGGUUCCCAACGUCACAGGGAUCUUCACCUGCGACGCCAAAGGCGCUUGGAGAAGCAGCGAGCUGGGAACCCGUCUACCCUCCUGCAAGCCAGUGUGUGGACAACCCAGCCGUGCUCUGCCCACCCUGGUCAAACGAAUCAUCGGCGGAAGAAACGCGGAACCUGGUUUUUUCCCCUGGCAAGCUCUGAUCGUGGUUGAGGACACGUCUCGGGUGCCCAAUGACCGGUGGUUCGGCAGCGGCGCCCUCCUCUCCGAAUCGUGGGUCUUGACCGCUGCCCACGUCCUCCGUUCCCAACGACGGGACAACACGGUGAUCGCCGUCUCCAAAGAACACGUCAACGUCUACCUGGGCCUUCAUGACGUCCGCAACAAAAUCGACGCGGUGAACCGGACGGUGGAGAAGAUCAUUCUCCACGAGUCGUUCGAUAUCCAGAAUUACAACCAUGACAUCGCGUUGGUCAAGUUGAAAGAGAAGGUGACCAUGGGACCUUACAUUAUGCCGGUUUGUCUACCCCGGGAUCCGCACGAGUUAGGAGGACCUCAACCCAACACGCUGGGCUUGGUGGCCGGUUGGGGUAUCUCCAACCCCAACAUCACGGUGGACGAGGUCAUCAGUUCUGGGAUGCAGACCUUGUCGGAUGUCCUCCAGUAUGUGAAGCUACCGGUGGUCCUCCACGCGGAGUGCAAGACAAGUUAUGAGUCCAGAUCUGGUAACUACAGCGUGACGGAGAAUAUGUUCUGCGCCGGUUAUUACGAAGGAGGGAAGGACACCUGCCUUGGAGAUAGCGGUGGUGCGUUUGUCAUCCGAGACUUGGACGACCGCAAGUGGGUGGCCCAAGGAUUGGUCUCCUGGGGCGGACCAGAAGAAUGUGGCAGCAAACAAGUCUACGGGGUUUACACUAAGGUAUCCAACUAUGUGGACUGGCUGCAGGAGAAAACAGGGUGGACAUUCCUGGAUUCCAAUCGGGAGAAGAGAUGAACUGGACUAAAGUGAGACCCAGCCCAAGGACUGUGUUUGAAGAACGUCAACCAAGCUCAGCCCAAGGACUGUGUUUGAAGAACGUCAACCAAGCUCAGCCCAAGGACUGUGUUUGAAGAACGUCAACCAAGCUCAGCCCAAGGACUGUGUUUGAAGAACGUCAACCAAGCUCAGCCCAAGGACUGUGUUUGAAGAACGUCAACCAAGCUCGGUAACAUUCCAAGUUCUUUGAGGGCAUUAUGGAUGGGGAGAAAGAUCUGGAGAUCUUUCCCCCCCCCCCUUGCAUCCGAAUUUCAGACGCUUCAACGGCAACAUUGCAUCCCUGAGAAGAAGCAACGUUACUAUCCCGCAAAUUCCAGAAAGUGCGAUUGGCGUGUAUUGAAUGGCGUCCAUUGAAUCGUUUUACGACUUUCUUCCCAGCUUUUCGGUGUUGGCAGUGGGACAGUUUAAAGAUGCGCUGAAUUAUGUCGUUUUGUAGAAAAGGGGAUUCAAGACUGUGUUGAGCUAAAGCAAUGUUACUUAAUUUUUAAGACUUUUUAAAGCAGGGGUCUCCAACCUUGGCAACUUUAAGCCUGGAGGACUUCAACUCCCAGAAUACCCCAGGCUUAAAGUUGCCAAGGUUGGAGACCCCUGCUUUAAAGUCUUUUUUAAGGACUUCAAUUCCCAGGAUUCCCCAGACUAGCUGAAGAGAGUUGAAGUACAAUCUUUAAAAAGUUUCAGAAGUUGAGAAACAACUGUUGGUGGAACAUUUGCUCCCUCUAGUGGCCAUUUCUGGAAUAGGAAUCUGGUCCUUUGAAAGUAGAAAGAUCUUUGAAUCUCUUGUCAGUUAUACCCCAAAAUCUGAAUGGUUGGAUAAUUUUUUCCCUGUGAAAUAUAGAACCCCCAAAUUCAACGAGACGCUCCAAACAUUUGUGUGGCUGUGGUUGUUGCUGUGUGCAGCAUUUCAGUGAUGUUCAUUCAGCUUUCAAUCGAUCUUUGAAUACAAAUCAUUUUCUUUUUUUUCUUUUUUUUUUUAUUGAAAGAGUUUUUAAAAAAACAAAAACAUUUUUCCCCCU